AUGAACACGUGCGAAGUGAAGGACGUACAGAGGUUACGGCCAGCUGACCACAUUUGUAUCUGGGACACUAGUCGCUGGCCAUUUCGAUACACACAUCAUGGUAUUGUCUACAUGGCGGGAGAGAGCGCCGAUGUCAUCUCCGUUGCUCAUGUCUGGUCUCGUAAGACGGGGCUACGUGAGUCGCAAGCAGAUUCAAAUUUUCAGAUCACAAGUCUUACGGAAUUUUUGAAUGGGAGGCCGCUACGAGACAUGCGUCGUGUACAAUACAACUCGUCGCUGGUGGCAGAAGCCAGCUCCCGACUGGGCGAAGUGCAUCGGACACACGCUGAUGCGCCCCCUGUGGUAUUGGCACGCUGUGAGUUUCUUUUAGGGCUCGGCCAGGGACAUUUUAGUAUUUUAUCGUUGAACUGCGAGCACGUGACGCUGUGGUGUACGACGGGUGUGGGCUGGUCCAAACAAGUGCUGUCCAGGGCAGAGACAAAGGUGCCAUUUUUGACGUCGUCUACGAAGUCGACACAAGCACUGGAGCGGCUAGAGCUGCAGUUGCGAAACAUUCGAGAAGUUGUGAAGGAGAAGAACAGAAAGUUGGAAGCACUUGGAGGGAAACGAGUCUACUUGCGACUGAAAGGUACUGGCAAGUUUGCAAAAAGGCUUGGAGACGAACUGUUCCUUGUGCAGGAUGACCCGAGUGAAAAGGACUGGGCUUUUCGUCAGAGACCCACGUCGCUGAGAUUAGCAGUCCACGUCUCGGCGUACAACAGCGUGCGUGUGGAGUUUGAAGAUUACGAGAAAUCUGGAGAUGUGCUGUAUGCGAGUUCGAGUGGAUUGAAACUUACGCGACGCAGGACAAUGCAGCUCAAGAGGUGGUUCCAAUUCGAUUUUGGAUGGGAGGGAGAGCUGCAGAGCCUGCGUCAUCGUCGCUGGUUUGUUGGAGCGCAGACUCGCGACGGAUUGCUUCGUCCAUUCAUUUCGCGAGAGAAGGGUGCUAGUUUUGAGAUAAUUGAUGCCGAUGCAAUGGAUGUCCUGAGUCCUAUGAUUGAGCCGUCGUUGCGCGACUUGGAAGAAUGUGAUACUCGCAUUGCUCGAGCCAUGACAAGAGCAGAGUCUGAACCGGAAUUGGGGCUGGAUGACGACCAGGAGGACGGAUUUUUUUGCUGA